AUGUGGCGGUUAAGCUCCGUGCAAUUUAAUUAUGGUGAGAUGAAAUGAGAGGCACUUCAGUGUUCUGCACGUUCAUGUAUCCUUCUGUAAUUGAAUUUGCGAUGGUCUGAUGCAAUAUCUCUAGGGAAAUUCACUCAGUGCUGAGAAUCACUAGAGAACUGUUAAAUUAUAUUAUGCGUCUCCUGAAUAGACGAUGUUGUUUUCAGCAGGAAUCACGCAGCUCCACUGACCUGGCUUCAUGUGCAGCCACGUCGCAGCCUGCAACGGCACACCAGGGUGGAGCAUGUCAUGUGUGCCAGAGCUUGCGUUGCUGCGCAUGUACUUUUCUCACUCCCUAGAUGACGCCCAGAUCGAGAUCGAAUGACAGGGGCGUGAUUUGAGCAGGUAAGCCGUAGGCUGACAUCUUCUAGGCUCUCAGUCGCACAAAGCCAUCUUUGUUCGCAAAUAGAGAUUACGAGCUUUGUGGCGUGAUCGUGUAAAUGGUGAAACAUGUGGAGACAUCCACAAAAGUCACUGAUAACAGGUUGAAGACGCUACAGUAAUAUUUUGCCUGCAGACUGUUUGUGCAGCUCAAGAUGAUGCGUGUGAUCAAAAUAAUCCUGGUUUUAUUGUUAGAGUAAGCUUCUUAAUCUCCAAAUUCCGAUUGAUUAACACUGCUACUACUGCUAAUACGACCACUGAUACUACUGCUCCCAUUACUUCUACAUCUGCCACUACCAUUAUUAUUAUUAUUAUUGCUACUACUACUUCUACUACUAUUACUGCUACUGCUAUCACAGUAUCUCAAAGGUCAUGAGGUAUUACACGAAUUUCCUUAUAGUGUUAAUUCCGCCCAAACUGCGUACGCAGUCUUACAGCAGUGUAAGUACGACCUUUCUUAAUAAGAUGCUUAGUUAAGUUUUUCAAAUUAACAUUCACUAGCAUAAUAUUAAUUAAUUGUCGCUGAAAACCAAAAUUUUAGAAAAUGGCUAUAUUAUUAGUCGUUUAUAACGGGCUAACUAUGAGUGUGCAUAAGGCAACAAUUAAAAUUAAUAGAAAUUUCAAAAUUCCAGUAUUUUGUUGAUCGUUGUUUUGCAUGGAACGCAGCAGAAUGCCUUUUAGACACACAGCUGGCCAGGCUGCCUAUAGCGGAAUGUUGAUUGUGAUUAUCUAGCCAAAAUCAAUCUUUUCUCGCAUUGGGAUUUUCUCAUUUGCAUUGUGGCGAUUUUUUUGACAAUGUCGCAGAGAUUUUCGAUAGUAGUUUGUUCCGGACUGUUGGUAGGAUAAAAAUCUACCAAAGAUAGUCAAGCCCAAGUUGAAAGCUAACUGGUCUGGAUCACAGGAGAUAUAUCGCGAUACGGUAAGAUGUUGUGAACUUCUGAAGAUAGUACGUCUGAUAUAGCAUGUUUCUAAUUUAUCUGGUCUUUGUAACAAACGCUGAGAGGGUCUUAUUGCUAAUUAGCCAGAUCUGAGCGAAUACACCUCAGUCUGCCAGGGAUAUCUGCCUGCCCUGUUCGUCUGCAUGAACAGGUGAUCGUCACAAACUAACGACUGUAGUGCACACCGAAGAUCAACCUCACAUAACUGCCAGCGAGUCUGCAGACUGUCUAUACACACUGAACCGAAAACUAAUGCCUACUCCCGCCCCCACGAUUUCCUCGUUGUUGGCAGGGCACACGUCAGCCUGGUUGGUAUUCCAAAUUUGGCAGUGAAACCUCCUAGCCAGCUAUGGCCUGACCAAUGGCGAAGUCGGCUCUACCUUUUUCGUAUUAAUUCGUCCCCCUUCUGUGCCAUCUAUCAACCAAUGAAAUCCGCUCUGUGCUACCCUCGGCCAAUCAGAUCCUGAAGGUCGUCUGUGCGUGCGGGCGUACGUAGAAUGUUAGGGGAGAAAUAAAAGGGCAGCCCUCACGGCCCUGAAGGCAUUCCGUCGAUUUCGCUCUGGUUACAACACCAAAUGGCGCUCCCACGUGCAGAAGUAUUCGAAGACGAAUUUCCCCUGAUCCGAAGCUGUCCAGCCUUGAACGAAAUCCGUCUUGCGCAGGAAAUUAAGGAUUUGAGAAUAGAGGUAGCCUCAAUUACCGCGAAUAUUCAUGUUUGCUUGCGUGUUAGGUAAAGGACAGGGCAGAGCUCCACGCUAAUCGCAUUAUACUGGCGGCUCGCAUUCCGUCCUUGCGAGCCCCUCUCAGUGGCCCCCUCGGAGAGACAAAUUCCGUUCUACGAUGGCCGACCAUGCCACUGAGGUAAAAUCGUCGUCUAUUUGGUGAUUUUGCUUACUGCUUCUGCACUUUCUAGCCUCGCAACUACGUUCUUGCAGUACGUCUACACGGGCCGAGUGGAGCUGAGAGAAGACAAUGCGAGAGGCCUGGUGACGCUUGCGAGAAUGCUCGAGUUGCCUCACCUGGUGGACUGGGGAGUGGCAUUCAUGGCCAGAGGGUGCGCGCAUUUCCUGUCUAACUGUCUGUUCUGCAGGCUCACUUUAGAAAAUCUGUCCGACAUAUUGGACUUUGCGAGGUCGCUGAAUGUUGGACCACUGAGGGAGAAGUGCAUCGGACUGAUGAGGGCGCAGUUUGAGGACUUUGUGCCAACCGACCUCUUUGUUCGCCUACCUGCCCAAACUCUACUUACCGUGCUUCAAAGUGAAGAUUUGUCUGUUUCGUCUGAAGAGCACGUUAUUGAGGCCAUUGCACGGUGGGUGGAUGCAGGUGCGUGCCUGGCGGAUGAUGACGAGAGGCUGCAAGUACAUGCUCCGGCAAUGCUAAAGGAGGUUCAGUGGCACCAGACGACCGUGGAAUGUCGCGAUCAUCUGCUGGAUAGUCAUCCGACAUUUGGCAAGAGUUAUGAAUGUCUGUAAGUACAUGGCAUUGCAGCCUUGUUAUUUUUCUCUCUAAAAGUCGGCUUUUGUUUCAGAUCUUGAAUUGGAUUGGUGCCUCAGACAAGGAGAAGCGGCCCUGUCCCUUCAACAUUAGGCCUCGUGUUCGCCAGACAUUCUUUGGCGCAGACAGAGAUCAGAUGAUCUUCCUCUUUGGAGAGGACAGGCAGGGAAGGUGGUCUGUCCUGCGUUGGAAUCCGCGUCUGCAGCAGACAGAACGCGUCGUUGACAUGGCAGCUGGCCGGCCGGGCGCCUCCUACAGUGCGGUGGGUGGUGAGUUGCCGGACAGUUGUUUGACUGAAGUCUCCUGCCUCUGGGUGCAGGCCUGUCAGCACAUUUUGCUGCCUACGGGGUGCAUUUAGGGCUCGUUGCUUUUUGCUUUUUAAAGAAUGCAAGCCCUUUUUAAGCUGGCUGCUUUAUGCAUUCCUCUCUUUUUUUCCGCCACCAAACGGAAGAGAGCAUUUUCGUUGUUGGAGGAGGAUCGGGUGACGCUAGGCGGCGUGUUGAUGAGUUUCUGGUGAGAGAAGGGCGCUGGCGCGAGCGGGCGCCCCUCGCCGUUGGACGCGCGUGGCACGCAGCCGCCGUCGUGAAGGUUCCCACCGCUGCCGCCGCCGCCGCCGCCGCCGCCGCCGACGGAGAGGAGACGCUGAUUGGCGUUUUCGGUGGAUCGACGAAUGGGAUUUUCGUGGUGCCUAUUUCCUCCUGUGAGGUCUAUGACGUGAGGCAGGACAGGUGAGUGUUGACGCACAUUUAUUAAAGUUUUUUUUCGCCAAAAAGAAAGAUUUCUCUCGUCUUCUCCUCACUCGCCUGUUUGCCCGAACAGAUGGCACGCACUGCCCGAUCUGCCGGAGGCGAGGUACGGCCCAGCUGCUGCCUGUCUGCCCGGCGACAGUCGGGUCUUCCUUUUUGGCGGUCGGGAUGAACGCCGCACCGUGCUUGCCUCUGUGGUCUUCUGCCAUCUGCGAGCAGACUGGCGUCGGCGGCAGGAGACGACCUCAGCGGACUUUUGGCAGUCGGCUGCCCCCAUGAGAACUGCGCGAUACCAGCACGCAGCGACGGCCUUUCGGGGAGCAAUUCUGGUCGCCGGUGGAUGGGAUGGCCGAGAUCUCAACACUGUGGAGAUGUUUACGCCGCCAGACGCCAGCAGCCCCCUCGGCCAGUGGACAGAACUGGCCCACAUGCAGAGGCCUCGCUACGACUUCACUCUUCUCACCUCCGCCAAUGCCGUCUUCGCUCUCGGCGGUAAUGCAACACACCAUUAAAUGCAUUCCUUCUCCUUUUCUCCUUUUUUCUUCUAAAUGCGCACUCUGCACCAGCACUGUGUGUUUGUGUGUGCCUUGAGGCUGAAUGGAGCGACCUCACUGGCGGUGUUAUUAUUAUGGUGUCCGGGAAAUUUACCUUUAUAUGGAGUUUUUUUUUCUGUUUAGUAAACAGUUUUGAAUGCAUGAAAAUUCCUCAUAUCCCACCACAGUGUCUUUUAAAAUCUCGGCUAUAAAAUGACUCCACUGUAAGCCAGUAAAAUAGGUUGCCUUUGCAUGAAUUAUAAGAAAGAAGCCAUAGAAUAUCAAACAACUCAUGCAGCGCUGGCAAAAACUCUAUGUACAAUAUCCCAUAUGACUUAUUCGUCUUCCUUAGGUAGAGGACUGAAGACGGGGAAAUAAUUUUUACACAAUUCACAAUUAAAAGCAUUCUUUCUCUCUUUAAUGCCAUGCAUUGGCUCAGCAUGCGACACCUUCGUUAAUCUGACAUGUUUUUUUCUCUAAAUGGCCACUCUGCAGCAUUUCUGUGAAUACUGCCUCCUCCUCUUUGUUUCCUUCUCUCUCUGUCGUGGAAUUUUCUUUUUCGUAACCGACAUUCAUUAAAAUUAUCUUAAAUUUGUAGGCACAUUGGGCAAACCAGGCAACACGGUGGAGGCCUUCGCUGCCCCAGGAGGUUCAGCCGACCCCGACAAUGACUUGACCGCUUGGGUCUGGUCCUCCAAGAACCCAGUGGAAUCGCUCAGCGAGAUUCACGGAGCAGCAAACAUUCGCAUGUAA